AGCCUUUCAAGAUAGGUUCUGUCUGCUCAGAAAGGUCAGCCGGGCAGUGGAAACCCUGGGCAAAAGUUAGCAGCGAGUGCGGCGAAUCUCCUUCCCAGCGCUCUCGGCCAUUUCUUUCCCCCUCGACCCCCGGGAGGCGGACCCGGUGGAAAGGCUACCGGAGAGGGAGGGUCACGGAAAGUCGCUGCUGCUGCUGCUGCUGCUGCUGCUGCGGAAAGACGCCGGAGGCCGUGCGUCUCCGGGAGGUUCUUGAAUUCAUUUAAAGCAAAAGAAGAGAAAGAAGUGGUUGGAUCUCUGGAGUGCUGUCUCCUCGCUGACUGCUGUGUGUGCCCGGGGUUGGGCCAUGACUCGAUAGACCCAGAGACGUUCAAGGAUGUUUUCUCGAGUGGCCUAGGGCUGCACCGCAUUGGGCAAAGGGUCUCCAGCAGUGGUCCCGUGCCUCGGUGCAGCCAUGGCAACCUCCAGGGCAGCCUCUCGGUCUCCUCGGGACAUCGCCAACGUGAUGCAAAGGCUACAAGAUGAGCAAGAGAUAGUACAGAAACGUACUUUUACAAAAUGGAUCAACUCUCAUCUGGCCAAGCGGAAACCCCCAAUGGUGGUAGAUGAUCUUUUUGAAGACAUGAAAGAUGGUGUGAAGCUACUUGCUCUCCUGGAGGUCCUGUCUGGGCAGAAACUGCCAUGUGAACAGGGACGCCGUAUGAAGCGGAUCCAUGCUGUGGCUAACAUCGGCACGGCACUUCAGUUCCUUGAAGGAAGGAAGUCCAUGUACAGAGGAUCACCGAUAAAACUAGUCAACAUUAACUCCACGGAUAUAGCGGAUGGCCGACCCUCGAUAGUUCUUGGAUUGAUGUGGACGAUCAUCCUGUAUUUCCAGAUUGAGGAGCUGACCAGCAACCUGCCGCAGCUGCAGUCUCUGUCCAGCAGCACAUCCUCUGUGGACAGCAUGGUCAGCUCGGAGACCGCCAGCCCCCCGAGCAAACGGAAGGUGGCCACCAAGAUCCAAGGAAAUGCUAAGAAGGCUUUGUUAAAGUGGGCUCAGUACACAGCCAAGCAGACUGGAACAGAAGUGAAAGACUUCGGGCGGAGCUGGAGAAGUGGGGUUGCCUUUCAUUCGGUCAUCCACGCUAUUCGGCCGGAACUGGUGGACUUGGAGAAAGUGAAAGGGAGAUCUAACCGAGAAAACCUGGAGGAGGCUUUCAGGAUUGCUGAGACGGAACUGGGAAUCCCGCGACUCCUAGAUCCCGAAGAUGUGGACGUGGAUAAACCAGAUGAGAAGUCUAUUAUGACUUACGUAGCCCAGUUUCUGAAACAGUAUCCUGACAUCCACAGCACAGGCGCUGAUGGGCAAGAGAAUGAUGAAAUACUUCCAGGUUUCCCAUCUUUUGCAAAUUCUAUCCAAAUUCUUAAGAGAGAAGAUAGGCUGGUUUUGAAGGAAACGAAAGUUUGGAUAGAACAAUUUGAAAGAGAUAUGACGAGGGCACAGAUGACAGAAUCAAAUUUGCAGGAUAAAUAUCAGUCAUUUAAGCACUUCAGAGUUCAAUAUGAAAUAAAAAGGAAACAGAUUGAACAUUUAAUACAGCCGUUACAUAGAGAUGGCAAACUGUCACUCGACCAAGCAUUGGUAAAGCAGUCCUGGGAUAGAGUGUCCUCCAGGCUCUUUGAUUGGCAUAUUCAGCUUGAUAAGUCUCUUCCUGCCCCUCUGGGCACCAUCGGGGCCUGGUUAUACAGAGCAGAGGUGGCCCUGCGAGAGGAAAUAACCAUUCAGCAGGUUCACGAGGAAACGGCCAACACAAUACAGCGGAAGCGUGAGCAGCACAAGGAUCUGCUUCAAAACACAGAUGCCCACAAAAGAGCAUUCCAUGAAAUCUACCGGACCAGGUCUGUUAACGGGAUCCCAGUGCCAGCCGAUCAAUUAGAGGACCUGGCCGAGAGGUUUCAUUUUGUGUCCUCCACGUCAGAGCUACACUUAAUGAAAAUGGAAUUUCUAGAAUUAAAGUACCGUCUGCUCUCACUGCUGGUUCUUGCAGAGUCAAAGCUGAAGUCUUGGAUCAUCAAGUAUGGGAGGAGAGACUCAGUAGAGCUGCUUCUGCAAAACUACAUCUCUUUCAUAGAAAACAGCAAGUUCUUUGAACAAUAUGAAGUGACAUACCAGAUCUUGAAACAGACAGCCGAGAUGUAUGUCAAAGCCGAUGGCUCAGUGGAGGAAGCUGAGAAUGUGAUGAAAUUCAUGAAUGAAACCACUGCUCAGUGGAGGAACCUCUCAGUAGAAGUCAGGAGCGUGCGGAGCAUGCUGGAAGAAGUCAUUGCUAACUGGGACCGAUACGGCAAUACUGUGGCUAGUCUUCAGGCUUGGCUGGAGGAUGCUGAGAAAAUGCUAAAUCAGUCAGAACAUGCCAAGAAGGAUUUUUUUCGAAAUUUGCCUCAUUGGAUACAGCAGCACGCCGCCAUGAACGAUGCUGGCAAUUUUCUGAUUGAGACAUGUGACGAGAUGGUUUCCCGCGAUCUUAAACAGCAGUUACUGCUGCUAAACGGGCGGUGGAGGGAGUUGUUUAUGGAAGUCAAGCAAUAUGCCCGAGCCGACGAGAUGGACAGAAUGAAGAAGGAGUACACAGAUUGUGUUACUGCCCUGUCUGACUUUGCAACUGAAGCCCACAGGAAACUCUCUGAGCCACUGGAAGUCUCUUUUAUUAACGUGAAGUUAUUAGUUCAAGACUUGGAGGAUAUUGAGCAGAGGGUGCCUGUGAUGGACGCUCAGUAUAAGAUAAUUACAAAGACAGCACAUCUCAUUACCAAAGAGAGCUCCCAAGAAGAAGCGAACGAAAUGUUUGCAACCAUGUCCAGGCUCAGAGAGCAGCUAAGCAAGGUCAAAGACUGUUACUCUCCACUCCUUUAUGAGUCUCAACAGCUGUUGAUACCGUUGGAGGAAUUAGAAAAACAGAUGACAGCCUUUUAUGACUCACUUGGGAAAAUCAAUGAAAUUUUAACAGUUCUUGAGCACGAGGCACAAUCCAGCUCUCUUUUUAAAGAGAAACAUCAGGAACUAUUAGCUUGUCAAGAAAGCUGUAAGAAAGCCAUGACCCAAAUUGAGAAAGGCAGUCAUAGUGUUCAAAAGUUUGUGACCUUGAGCAACGUGUUAAAGCAUUUUGAUCAGACGAAGCUCCAGAGACAGGUUGCGGAUGUGCACGUUGCUUUUCAGAAUAUGGUAAAGAAAACUGGCGAUUGGAAGAAACACGUGGAAACGAACAGCCGCUUGAUGAAGAAAUUUGAGGAGUCUCGAGCAGAGCUGGAGAAGGUGUUGAGGAUCGCACAGGAGGGCCUGGAGGAAAAGGGGAAUCCAGAAGACCUCCUGAAAAGACACACAGAGUUUUUCAGUCAGCUGGAUCAGAGGGUGCUCAACGCGUUCCUGAAGGCUUGUGACGAACUCACGGACAUCCUCCCCGAGCGGGAGCAGCAGGGCCUGCAGGAAGCUGUGAGGAAACUCCACAAACAGUGGAAGGAUCUUCAAGGAGAAGCUCCGUAUCAUUUGCUUCAUCUGAAGAUUGAGGUGGAGAAGAACAGGUUUUUAGAAUCUGUGGAAGAAUGCAGAGCUGAGCUGGACCGAGAGACCAAGCUGGUGCCCCAGGAAGGCAGUGAGAAGAUCAUCAAAGAGCACAGGGUCUUCUUCGGUGACAAAGGUCCUCAUCAUGUCUGUGAGAAAAGGCUACAGCUCAUUGAAGAACUGUGUCUGAAACUCCCGGUCCGGGACCCAGUCCGGAACACGCCUGAGACCUGUCACGUGACCCUCAAGGAGCUCAGAGCGGCCAUUGGCGGCACCUACGCCAAGCUGGUGGAGAACCCGGACAAGUGGAAGGACUACAGUGGCAGAAUUUCUGAGUUUUCCUGUUGGAUCUCUACAAAGGAGACCCAACUGAAGGGGAUUAAAAACGAGGCCAUCGAUACUGCCAACCAUGGAGAGGUUAAACGUGCUGUAGAGGAGAUCAGAGAUGGUGUUACCAAAAAGGGUGAGACUCUCAGCUGGCUGAAAUCCAGGCUUAAAAUUUUGACUGAAGUUUCUUCUGAGAAUGAAGCCCAAAAGCAAGGAGAUGAGCUGGCAAAAUUAUCUAGUUCCUUCAAGGCUCUCGGGACUUUGCUGUCAGAGGUUGAAAAGAUGGUAAGCAACUUUGGAGAUUGUGUCCAGUACAAAGAAAUAGUUAAAAGUUCCCUUGAAGAGUUAAUUACUGGCUCUAAAGAAAUCCAGGAACAAGCCGAGAAGAUCUUGGACACUGAAAAUCUGUUUGAAGCACAGCAGCUACUCCUUCAUCACCAGCAAAAGACAAAGAGAAUCUCCGCAAAGAAGAGGGACGUGCAGCAGCAGAUUGCGCAGGCUCGGCAGGGAGAAGGUGGGCUGCCCGGCCGGGUCCGAGAGGAGCUGCGGAAGCUGGAGAGCACCCUGGACAGCGUGGAGCACAGCCGGGAGAAGCAGGAACGCCGCAUCCAGGUCACAUUAAGGAAAUGGGAGAGAUUUGAAACAAACAAAGAGACAGUGGUCAGAUACCUUUUUCAAACAGGUUCCAGCCAUGAGCGCUUCUUGAGUUUUAGCAGUUUGGAAAGCUUAUCUUCAGAACUGGAACAAACAAAGGAGUUUUCUAAACGAACAGAAGGUAUUGCAGUCCAGGCUGAGAAUCUUGUGAAGGAAGCUUCCGAGAUCCCACUGGGGCCCAGGAAUAAGCAGCUGCUUCAGCAGCAGGCCAAGUCAAUCAAAGAGCAAGUCAAAAAAUUAGAAGACACACUUGAAGAAGAUAUUAAAACCAUGGAAAUGGUGAAAAACAAGUGGGAUCAUUUUGGCAAUAAUCUUGAGACCCUGUCUGUCUGGAUAACUGAGAAAGAAAAAGAACUCAAUGCCUUGGAAACUUCGUCAUCUGCCAUGGACACACAAAUCCACCAAAUCAAGGUCACAAUUCAGGAAAUAGAAAGUAAGGUCAGCAGCAUUACGGGGCUAGAAGAAGAAGCCCAGUCUUUUGCUCAGUUUAUUACCACUGGAGAAUCUGCUCGAAUCAAGGCCAAGCUGACACAAAUAAGAAGAUACUGGGAAGAACUCCGAGAACAUGCACAGUGUCUGGAAGGAACAAUCCUGGGACAUUUAUCUCAGCAGCAAAAGUUUGAAGAGAAUCUCAGAAACAUCCAGCAGUCUGUGUCUGAAUUUGAGGAUAAACUUGCUGAUCCAAUUAAAAUGUGUUCUUCAGCUACAGAAACAUACAAAGUUCUCCAAGAACAUAUGGAUCUCUGUCAGGCCCUGGAAUCACUGACCAGCACAGUGGCAGCUUUGUCAGCCAGCGCCCAGAAGGUCACCGACAGAGACUCCUCUGUCCGGGAGGCUGAAGCCCUGCAGCAGAGGUACGAGGGUUUGCUGCGUCGGGCUAAGGAGAGACAGACGGCGCUGGAGAAGCUGCUGGCCCACUGGCAGAGGCUAGAGAAAGAACUGUCAACCUUUUCGACUUGGUUAGAGCGGUGUGAAGCCACAGCCAGUUCCCCGGAAGCGGUCAUUUCUGCGGACAGAGUCAAAGUGGAGAGUGAACUUCAGUUAAUACAGGCUCUGCAAGAUGAAGUCGUGGCCCAGGCCUCAAUCUACAGCAACCUGUUGCAAUUAAAGGAAUCCCUAUUCUCAGUGGCCUCCAAAGAGGACGUGAAAAUGAUGAAACUACAUUUGGAGCAGCUGGAUGAGAGAUGGAGAGAUUUGCCACAGAUAAUUAGCAAAAGGAUUAAUUUUCUUCAGUCUGUGGUUGCUGAACAUGAGCAAUUUGAUGAACUACUGCUUUCCUUUUCUGUCUGGAUCAAGCUGUUCCUCAGUGAAUUACAAACUACUUCUGAGAUAAGUAUAAUGGACCAUCAAGCAGCCCUUACUCGGCACAAGGACCACGCUGCAGAAGUAGAGAGCAAAAAGGGAGAACUGCAGAGUGUGCAGGGUCACCUGGCAAAGCUGGGUGCGCUGGGUCGCGCUGAGGACCUUCACCUCCUCCAGGGCAAAGCGGAGGACUGCUUCCAGCUGUUUGAGGAGGCCAGCCAGGUCGUGGAGAGGCGGCAGCUUGCCCUGUCCCAGCUGGCCGCAUUCCUGCAGAGCCACACCUCGCUGUCGGGGGUUCUCCACCGGCUGAGGCAAACGGUGGAAGCAACCAGCAGUAUGAACAAGCAGCAGUCCGAUCUAUUAGAAAAGGACCUAAAUGAUGCUCUUCAAGAUGCGAAAACAUUAGAAUCUACUGCCAUCAGCCUCGACGGCCUCCUUACCAAAGCUCAAUACCAUCUCAGGAGUGGAGGUUCCGAGCAAAGGACUUCCUGCAGAACCACAGUGGAUCAGCUUUGUUUCGAAUUAGAGAGGAUCCAGAACCUUCUGGGAACCAAGCAGAGUGAGGCCGAUGCCCUGGCGGUACUGAAGAAGGCAUUCCAUGAUCAGAAAGAGGAGUUGCUGAAAAGCAUCGAGGACAUCGAAGAAAGAGCUGAGAAGGAGCGGCUGAAAGAACCCACCCGCCAGGCUCUUCAGCAGAGGUUGAGAGUCUUCAAUCAGCUAGAAGAUGAAUUGAAUUCUCAUGAGCAUGAACUGUGUUGGUUAAAAGACAAAGCUAAGCAAAUUGCUCAGAAAGAUGUAGCCUUUGCACCGGAAGUCGACAGGGAAGUAAACCGCUUAGAGGCCAUCUGGGAUGAUACCAAAAAACUAAUUCAUGAGAACCAGGGCCAGUGCUGCGGACUUAUUGACUUAAUGAGAGAAUAUCAGAAUUUGAAGUCAGCUGUAUCUAAAGUCCUAGAAAAUGCCAGCAAUGUGAUUGUAACCAGAACUACUAUAAAAGACCAGGAAGACCUUAAGUGGGCUUUAUCCAAGCAUGAAACUGCCAAAAAUGAAAUGUAUAAGAAACAGAAAGAAUUGGAUAACUUUACCAGCAAAGGAAAACAGUUGUUGUCAGAGCUGAAAAAAAUUCACAGUGGUGAUUUCAUCUUGGUGAAAACAGACAUGGAGAGCACGGUGGACAAGUGGCUGGAUAUAUCAGAGAAAAUUGAGGAGAACAUGGAUAGGCUGAGGGUGAGCCUGUCCGUUUGGGAUGAGGUUCUUUCAUGUAGAGACGAGAUCGACGGAUGGUCGAACAGUUCUGUUCCUCAGCUGGCCGAGAGCAUCAGCAACCUGAAUGACAGCCUCCGAGCAGAAGAAUUCCUGAAAGAAUUUGAGUCUGAAGUUAAAAAGAAAGCGUUGAGAUUAGAGGAACUUCACUCCAAAGUUAAUGAUCUCAAAGAAUUAACUAAAAAUCCAGAAACACCACCAGACCUUCAGUUCAUGGAAGCCGACUUACAGCAGAAGCUAGAGCAUGCCAAAGAAAUUACUGAAGAAGCAAAAGGAACCUUGAAAGAGUUCACUGCUCAGAGUGCACAAGUGGAGAAGUUUAUUAAUGACACUGCCACCUGGCUGACCAAACUAGAAGACUCACUGAUGAACUGUGCCCAAACUGAGACUUGUGAAGGGUUGAAAAAAGUAAAGGAAAUACAAAAAGAACUUCAAAGUCAGCAAAGGAGCAUCAGUUCUACCCAGGAAAAUCUCAACAGCUUGUGCCGCAAGUACCAUUCAGUCGAGCUGGAGAGCCUGGGUGGCGCCAUGCUGGGGCUGAUAAAGAGACACGAAGCUGUGAGCCAGUCAUGCUCCAAAGCACAGGCCAGCCUUCAGGAUUCUCUGGAAAAACACUUCAAUGAGUCUAUGCAGGAAUUCCAAGAAUGGUUUUCUGGAAUAAAGGCAGCAGCAAAAAAAUCAUCAGACAGAACUGGGGACAGCAAAGUGCUAGAGGCCAAGCUGCACGACCUUCAGAACAUUCUGGACUCAGUCAGCGAUGGGCAGAGCAAGCUCGAUGCCGUGACUCAAGAGGGAGAGACUUUGUACGCACAUCUGUCUAAACAGAUUGUCAGCAGCAUUCAGGAGCAAGUUACAAAGGCGAACGAAGAGUUUCAGACGUUUCUGAAACAAUGCCUUAAGGACAAACAGGCUCUCCAAGACUGUGCUUUAGAACUUGGGAGCUUUGAAGAUCAGCACAGAAAACUGAGCUUAUGGAUCCAUGAAAUGGAUGAGAGAUUAAGCACAGAAAACUUAGGCGAGAGCAAGCAGCACAUCCCUGAGAAGAAAAACGAAGUCCAUAAAAUUGAGAUGUUUCUAGGGGAACUGCUGGCCGCGAGAGAGUCCCUAGACAAGCUUUCCCAGCGAGGGCAGCUUCUCAGUGAAGAAGGCCAUGGCGCUGGCAAAGAAGGACGCCUGUGCUCCCAGCUGCUCACCAGCUACCAGAACUUACUCAGAGUGACCAAAGGGAAACUCCGGAGCUGCCAGGUGGCCCUGCAGGAGCACGAGGCCCUGGAGGAGGCGCUGCAGAGCAUGUGGUCCUGGGUGAAAGACGUCCGGGACAGGCUGGCCUGCGCCGAGAGCACCGUAGGGAGCAAAGACGCCUUGGAGAGACGGCUGUUACAAGUACAGGACAUUCUCCUGAUGAAAGGAGAAGGAGAAGUUAAGUUGAACAUGGCCAUUGGCAGAGGGGAACAGGCCUUGAGAAGUAGCAACAAGGAAGGUCAGAAGGUGAUUCAGACUCAGCUGCAGACCCUUAAAGAUGUGUGGGCCAACAUCAUGAGCUCCUCCAUCCAUGCUCAGAGCACUUUAGAGUCUGUGAUUAGCCAAUGGAAUGACUAUCUAGAGUGGAAAAACCAGUUGGAGCAGUGGAUGGAAUCAGUGGAUCAAAAACUAGAACAUCCCUUGCAACUGCAGCCUGGUCUGAAAGAGAAGUUUUCCCUCCUGGACCACUUUCAGUCCAUCGUAUCCGAGGCGGGAGAUCACGCGGGGGCCCUGCAGCGGCUCACUGCAAAGGCCAGGGAGCUCUACCAGAAGACUGAGGACGAUUCUUUCAAGGAAGCGGCUCAAGAAGAACUGAAAACACAGUUUAAUGAUUUACUGACUGUUUCCAAGGAGAAAAUGAGGAAAGUAGAAGAAAUUGUGAAAGACCAUCUCAUGUAUUUAGAUGCAGUCCAGGAAUUCACAGAUUGGCUCCAUUCAGCAAAGGAAGAACUUCAUCGGUGGUCGGAUACGUCUGGAGAUUCAUCAGCCAUCCAGAAAAAAUUAUCUAAAAUUAAGGAGCUGAUGGAUUCCAGAGAGACUGGUGCAAGCCGCCUGGGCAGAGUGGAGUCGCUGGCCCCUGCAGUGAGACAGAACACCACUGCCAGUGGAUGUGAGCUCCUGGACACGGAGAUGCAGGCUCUGCGUGCCGACUGGAAGCAGUGGGAAGACAGUGUAUCUCAAACGCAGACCAGCCUGGAGAACCUGGUUAGCCAAAUGGCCCUCUCCGAGCAGGAGUUCUCAGGCCAAGUGGCUCAGUUGGAGCAGGCCCUGGAACAGUUCAGCGCCCUCCUGACGGGCUGGGCUCAGCAGUUAACCCUCUUGGAAGGCAAGAACACAGAUAAGGAGAUAGUGGAAUGCUGGCACAAGGGGCGGGAGAUACUGGAUGCGCUACAGAAAGCGGAGCCUCAGACAGAGGAUCUCAAGUCUCAGCUGAAUGAACUUUGUCGAUUUUCCAGAGACCUGAGUACAUACAGUGGAAAAGUUUCUGGCUUGAUUAAAGAAUAUAAUUGUCUUUGUUUGCAAGCAUCCAAGGGCUGUCAGAAUAAAGAACAGAUUUUACAGCAAAGAUUUCGAAGAGCCUUCAAGGAUUUCCAGCAGUGGUUGGUUAAUGCAAAAAUCACUACCGCCAAAUGUUUCGAUAUACCUCAAAAUAUUAGUGAAGUUUCAACAAGUCUUCAGAAAAUACAGGAAUUUUUGUCAGAAAGCGAACAUGGACAGCACAAGCUGAACAUGAUGGUUUCUAAGGGAGAGCUUUUGAAUACUCUGUUGACCAAAGAGAAGGCAAACGGAAUCCAGGCCAAAAUUGCAGCUGCCAAAGAGGACUGGAAAAAUUUCCAUUCAAAUCUCCACCAGAAGGAAUCUGCCCUAGAGAAUCUAAAGAUCCAAAUGAAGGACUUUGAAGUAAGCGCUGAGCCCGUCCAGGAGUGGCUGAGUAAAACCGAGAAGACGGUGCACGAAGGCAGCGACCGCCUGCACGACCUGCCGGCAAAGAGGCGAGAACAGCAGAAGCUGCAGUCUGUCCUUGAGGAAAUAAACUGCUACGAGCCUCAGCUCCACAGGCUGAAAGAGAAAGCUCAACAGCUGUGGGAAGGCCAGGCUGCCAGCAGGAGCUUUGUGCACAGAGUGUCCCAGCUGUCUUCUCAGUAUCUAUCCCUAAGCAAUUUAACGAAGGAGAAAGUGUCAAGGUUGGAUAGAAUUGUUGCUGAGCACAGCCAGUUUUCCGCUGGGGUUAGAGAGUUGCAGGACUGGAUGACAGACGCCGUGCACAUGCUGGAUUCCUACUGCCACCCGACGUCGGACAAGAGCGUGCUGGACAGCAGGAUGCUCAAGCUGGAGGCUCUAUUAUCCGUGAAACAGGAAAAAGAGAUCCAGAUGAAAAUGAUAGUGACCAGAGGGGAGUCUGUCCUUCAGAAUACCUCUCCGGAAGGUGUCCCUGCCAUUCAGCAGCAGCUGCAGAGUGUGAAGGACAUGUGGGCGUCCCUUUUGUCCGCCGGGAUUCGUUGUAAAAGUCAACUCGAAGGAGCUCUUUCUAAGUGGACAAGUUACCAGGAUGACGUCCGGCAGUUCUCCAGUUGGAUGGACAGCGUGGAGGCCAGUCUGAAUGAAUCCGAAAGGCAGUAUGCGGAGCUGCGGGAGAAGAUGGCUGCCCUCGGAAAAGCCAAGUUAUUAAAUGAAGAAGUGCUGAGUCACAGCAGCUUGCUGGAGACCAUUGAAGUCAAAGGGGCUGGUAUGACGGAGCACUAUGUCACCCAGUUAGAAUUCCAGGACCUGCAGGAACGAUACGGAGCAAUCAGAGAGAGAGCCAAGGAAGCAGUAACCAAGUCUGAAAAGCUCGUCCGCCUGCACCAGGAGUACCAGCGAGACCUGAAGGCAUUUGAAGCUUGGCUGGCGCAGGAACAGGAAAAGCUCGACCGAUACUCAGUUCUCGAAGGUGAUGCCCAUACUCACGAGACCACGUUGCGGGAUCUUCAGGAGCUGCAGGUGCACUGUGCAGAGGGGCAGGCCCUGCUGAAUUCAGUGCUGCACACCAGAGAAGAAGUGAUACCGUCGGGCAUCCCCCAGACAGAGGACCGGGCCUUAGAGUCUCUCCGGCAGGACUGGCAGGCUUACCAGCAGAGGCUGUCUGAGACUCGAACUCAGUUCAAUAAUGUGGUCAACAAAUUGAGACUGAUGGAACAAAAGUUUCAGCAAGUGGAUGAGUGGCUAAAAACACUGGAGGAGAAAGUGAAUCUCAGGACUGGACGUCAGUCUAACCGGGCAGCCAAGGAGAUACAAUUACAUCAGAUGAAGAAGUGGCAUGAGGAAGUCACCACGUACAGAGAUGAGGUUGAGGACGUGGGGUCCAGGGCACAGGAAAUCCUGGACGAGAGCCACGUGAGCAGCCGAACGGGCUGCCAGGCCACCCAGCUGACAUCCAGAUACCAAGCCCUUCUCCUCCAAGUGCUGGAACAAAUACAAUUCCUGGAGGAAGAAAUCCAGAGUUUGGAGGAGUCAGAACUAUCCUUAAGUUCUUAUUCUGACUGGUACUGCUCUACUCAUAAAAACUUCAAGAAUGUGGCUGCCAAGAUUGAUAAAGUAGAUAAAGCUAUGAUGGGGAAAAAAAUGAAGACACUGGAGGGUUUGCUAAAAGACAUGGAGAAAGGCCAGAGUUUGCUGAAAUCAGCCCGAGAGAAAGGAGAGAGGGCUGUUAAAUACUUGGAAGAUGGCGAAGCAGAGACAUUAAGGAAAGAGAUCCAUGAUCACGUGGAGCAGCUGAAGGAACUGACCAGCACUGUCCGGAAAGAGCACUUGACUCUGGAAAAAGGCCUUCAUUUAGCAAAGGAAUUCUCAGAUAAAUACAAAGCACUAACUCAGUGGAUAGGAGAAUACCAGGAAAUCCUGCACAUUCCCGAAGAGCCCAAAAUGGAGCUAUAUGAGAAAAAAGCCCAAUUAUCUAAAUACAAGUCACUUCAGCAAACAGUGCUGUCCCAUGAACCAUCAGUAAAAUCAGUGAGAGAGAAAGGUGAAGCCCUUCUGGAACUGGUGCAGGAUGUUACUUUAAAGGACAAAAUAGAUCAACUUCAAAGUGAUUACCAGGAUCUCUGCACUGCAGGAAAGGAGCACGUCUGCAGUCUCGAGGCGAAAGUCAGAGACCACGAAGAUUACAACAGCGAGCUCCAAGAGGUGGAAAAGUGGCUGCUGCAGAUGUCAGGACGGCUGGUGGCGCCCGACCUCAUGGAGACAAGCAGUCUAGAGACCAUCACCCAGCAGCUGGCCCACCACAAGGCAAUGAUGGAAGAAAUUGCUGGCUUUGAAGACCGUUUGAACAACCUUAAAAUUAAAGGAGACAAUUUGAUUAGCCAGUGUGCAGACCACCUUCAAGCGAAACUUAAACAAAAUGUGCAGGCUCAUGUGCAGGGCACGAAGGAUAGUUACUCAGCCGUCUGCAGUACAGCCCAGAGGGUGUACCAGAGUCUGGAACAUGAACUUCAGAAGCACGUCAGCCGACAGGACACUCUGCAGCAGUGCCAGGCCUGGCUCUCUGCGGUCCAGCCCGAUUUAAAGCCAAGCACGUAUCCACCUCUUAGCAGGGCAGAAGCCGUGAAGCAGGUCAAACACUUCCGAGCUUUGCAGGAACAGGCAAGGACCUACUUAGAUCUCCUUUGCUCCAUGUGUGACUUGUCAAACUCUUCAGUGAAAACCACAGCAAAAGACAUUCAACAAACAGAACAAAUGAUCGAACAAAGGCUUGCCCAGGCACAGAACCUAACUCAAGGCUGGGAAGAGAUCAAGCACAUGAAGGCUGAGCUUUGGAUUUACCUCCAGGAUGCUGAUCAGCAGCUACAGAAUAUGAAGAGGAGACACUCAGAACUGGAGCUAAAUAUUGCACAGAACAUGGUUUCUCAAGUCAAGGAUUUUCUUAAGAAACUACAGAGCAAACAGGCAUCAGUGACCACGAUUACAGAAAAGGUAGACAAGUUAACCAAGAAACAGGAGUCUCCUGAACACAAGGAAAUAAGUCAUUUAAAUGACCAGUGGCUGGAUCUAUGCCUUCAGUCCACCAAUCUGUGCUUGCAAAGGGAAGAGGAUCUUCAGAGAACAAGAGAUUACCAUGACUGCUUGGACGUCGUUGAAGUGUUCUUAGAAAAAUUCACCACAGAAUGGGAUAACUUAGCCAGGUCCGAUGCAGAGAGUACAGCCGUCCACCUGGAAGCUUUGAGAAAGUUAGCACUGGCCCUGCAGGAGAGAAAGCAGGCCAUUGACGAUCUGAAAGAGCGGAAGCAGAAAAUGGUCGAACAUCUGAAUUUAGAUGACAAGGAAUUAGUCAAGGAACAGACAAGCCACCUGGAACAACGUUGGUUUCAGCUGGAAGACCUUGUCAAAAGGAAAAUCCAAGCAUCCAUCACCAACCUGGAGGAGUUAAGUGUGGUUCGGUCCAGAUUUCAGGAGCUGAUGCAGUGGGCAGAGGAGCAGCAACCCACCAUUGCCGAGGCCCUGAAGCAGAGCCCCCCGCCUGAUAUGGCUCAGAGUCUUCUCAUGGACCACCUGGCCAUUUGCAGCGAACUGGAGGCCAAGCAGAUGCUCCUGAAAUCACUUAUUAAGGAUGCUGACCGAGUGAUGACUGACCUUGGCCUAAACGAGAGGCAGAUGAUCCAGAAGGCACUCUCUGAUGCACAGAGGCAUGUGAACAGUCUCAGCGACUUAGUGGGCCAGAGACGAAAGUAUCUGAACAAGGCUUUGUCUGAGAAAACCCAGUUUCUAAUAGCGGUGUUCCAGGCGACCAGCCAAAUUCAGCAACACGAGCGCAAGAUAAUGUUCCGGGAACACAUAUGCCUGUUACCGGAUGACGUGAGCAAACAAGUUAAAACCUGCAGGAGCGCACAAGCCAGCCUCAAGACUUACCAGAACGAAGUCACUGGACUCUGGGCCCAGGGCCGUGAACUGAUGAAAGGAGCCACAGAGCAGGAAAAGAAUGAAGUGCUGGGUAAGCUUCAGGAGCUGCAGAGUGUCUAUGACACCGUUUUACAAAAGUGUAGCCAUAGGCUCCAGGAAUUAGAGAAAAACUUGGUUUCUAGGAAGCAUUUUAAAGAAGAUUUUGAUAAAGCUUGUCACUGGCUAAAACAAGCAGAUAUUAUUACAUUUCCUGAGAUCAACCUAAUGAACGAGAGUCCUGAGCUUCAUACGCAACUGGCCAAGUACCAGCACAUCCUUGAGCAGUCUCCAGAAUAUGAAAAUCUCCUCCUUACGCUCCAGAGAACCGGGCAGGCCAUGCUGCCGUCGCUGAAUGAAGUCGAUCAUUCCUACCUCAACGAGAAGCUCAGUGCACUGCCCCUGCAGUUCAAUGUCAUUGUUGACUUGGCCAAAGACAAGUUCUAUAAAGUCCAAGAGGCCAUCCUUGCUCAGAAGGAAUACGCUUCCUUGAUCGAGUUGACCACCCAGACUCUGAGUGAACUGGAAGACCAGUUCUCAAAGAUGAGCCAAGUCCCCACUGACCUGGUGGUGGGAGAAGCCCUGUCCCUUCAGGAUGGCUGCAGGGCUCUGGCGGGAGAGGUGGCGGGCCUCGCGGAGGCGGUAGAUGAGCUGAACCAGAAGAAAGAAAGUUUUCGCAGCACCGGGCAGCCGUGGCAGCCGGAUAAGAUGCUGCACCUCGUCACCUUGUACCACAGGCUGAAGCGACAAACAGAACAAAGGGUUAGCUUACUAGAAGACACCACCAGUGCUUAUCAGGAGCACGAAAAGAUGUGCCAACAGCUAGAGAAACAGCUAGAGGGUGUGAAAACAGAGCAGUCCAAGGUGAAUGAGGAGACACUGCCCGCAGAGGAGAAGCUCAAACUGUACCACUCCCUGGCAGGAAGCCUCCGGGAGUCAGGCAUUCUGCUAAAACGAGUGGCCGUGCAUCUUGAAGAUCUGGUUCCGCACCUUGAUCCCUUGGCUUAUGAGAAAGCCAAGCAUCAGAUGCAGUCCUGGCAAGAGGAGCUAAAACAGUUGACUUCCGCCAUCGGCGCGACGGUGACAGAGUGCGAGAGUCGCAUGGUGCAGAGCAGGGACUUCCAGACGGAGCUGAGCCGCUCCCUGGACUGGCUGAGGGGCGUGAAGGCCGAGCUCAGUGGGCCGCUGUGCCUGGACCUGAACCUGCGGGACAUCCAGGAGGAGAUCAGGAAGGUCCAGAUUCACCAGGAAGAGGUGCAGUCCAGCCUGAGGAUAAUGAACGCCCUGAGUGACAGAGAGCAGGAGAAGUUCACGAAGGCUAAGGAGCUGAUUUCCGCCGACCUGCAGCACACCCUGGCUGAACUCGCAGAGCUGGACGGGGACGUUCAGGAAGCUCUGCGCACCAGACAGGCUACCUUGACUCAAAUAUACAGUCAAUGUCAAAGGUACUAUCAGGUAUUUCAGGCAGCUAACGACUGGCUUGAGGAUGCUCAUGAAAUGUUACAGCUGACGGGCAAUGGCCUGGAUGUGGAGAGCGCAGAGGAAAGUCUUAAAAGCCACAUGGAAUUUUUUAGCACAGAGGAUCAGUUCCACAGCAGUCUGGAGGAGCUCCAAGGCCUGGUAGCCAACCUGGACCCACUCAUCAAGCCAACUGGGAAAGAGGACCUAGCACAGAAAAUGACUUCCCUGGAAGAGAAAAGCCAGAGGAUUCUACAGGACUCACACGCCCAGUCAGACCUCCUGCAGAGAUGUGCAGCUCAGUGGCAGGAUUAUCAGAAAGCAAGGGAAGAGGUUAUUGAGUUGAUGAAUGAUGCAGAAAAGAAAUUGUCAGAAUUUUCUUUAUUGAAGACUUCUUCCAGUCUUGAGGCAGAAGAAAAAUUGUCAGAACACAAGGCUUUAGUGUCAGUAGUUAACUCUUUUCAUGAGAAAAUCGUGGCCUUAGAGGGUAGAGCUUCAGAUCUGGAAAGAAGCGGGAACGACUCAAGCAAAGCGACCAUAGGCAGGUCGAGGACUGCAGUCCGGCAGCGCUGGACACGGCUCCGUGCGGUGGCCCAGGACCAGGAGAAGAUCCUGGAAGAUGCAGUGGAUGAGUGGAAGGGCUUUAACGAGAAGGUUAAAAAAGCCACUGAAAUGAUUGAUCAGCUGCAAGAAAAAUUGCCGGGAAGUUCAGCAGAGAAAGCCUCAAAAGCGGAACUCUUAACACUCCUUGAACAUCACGACGCACUGGCUCUGGAGCUGGAGCAGCAGCAGUCGGCCUUGGGGAUGCUGCGGCGGCAGGCACUGAGCAUGCUCCGCGAUGGGGCCACGCCCACCCCGGGAGCCGAGCCGGCCGCCGUGCGGGGAGUCGCUGUCCUGCAGGAGCGGUGCCUGAACAUGCAGGAGAAAGUGAAGAAGAACGGACAGGUGGCAAAGCAGGAGCUGAAGGAGCGACAAGUGGUGGAGACCCACAUCAAUUCCGUCAAAGCCUGGGUUCAGGAAACGAAGGAGUAUUUGGGGAAUCCGACACUAGAAGUAGAUGCUCAACUUGAAGAACUUAAGAUUCUCCUGACAGAAGCCACAAAUCACCGACAGAACAUUGAGGAAAUGGCUGAAGAACAGAAGAAUAAAUACCUUGAUCUUUAUACUAUAUUACCAUCUGAACUCUCCCUUCAGCUAGCUGAAGUGGCCUUGGACCUAGAAACUAUCCAUGAUCAGAUCCAGGACAAAGUAAAAGAAGUUGAACAAAGCAAGGCCAUGAGUCAGGAAUUCAGCCGGCAAAUUCAGAAGAUAGCCAAAGAUCUCACAACUAUUCUAACCAAGCUGAGAGCAAAGACAGAUAAUUUAGUUCAAGCUAAAACUGACCAAAAGGCUCUGGGAGAGGAGUUAGAAUGCUGUAACUUGAAAUUAAUGGAACUCAAUGAAGCAGUACAGAAAUUCUCGGAACAGAAUGGCCAACUAGGUAAACCACUGGCCAAGAAGAUAGGAAAACUGACUGAACUUCACCAGCAGACCAUCAGGCAGGCUGAGAACCGGCUCUCCAAGCUCAGCCAGGCAGCAUCCCAUUUAGAAGAAUACAAUGAAAUCCUUGAGUUAAUUCUGAAGUGGAUUGAGAAAGCUAAAGUCUUGGUACAUGGAAAGAUUGCAUGGAAUUCAGCGAGCCAACUUCGGGAGCAAUACAUUUUACAUCAGACCAUGCUGGAAGAAUCUGAGGAGAUUGACAACGAUCUGGAAGCCAUGACUGAGAAAUUACAGUCCCUCGAUAGUGUGUACCAUACAGGAAAAAUGUCUCAGCAAGUGGCAGAGUUGGGACGGGAGACUGAGGAGCUGCGGCAGAUGAUCAAAAUUCGUUUGCAGAAUCUCCACGAUGCUGCCAAGGACAUGAAAAAAUUUGAAACAGAGCUCAGAAACUUACAAGUUGCUUUGGAGCAAGCCCAGACAACCCUGACUUCUCCAGAAGUUGGACGUCUUAGUCUCAAGGAGCAACUCUCUCAUCGACAGCAUUUGUUGUCUGAGAUGGAGUCACUCAAGCCAAAAGUCCACGCAGUGCAGACCUGCCAGAGCGCGCUCCGGAUCCCCGAGGAUGUGGUCACCAGCUUGCCGCUCUGCCACGCGGCUCUGCACCUGCAGGAGGAGGCCAGUCGGCUCCAGCACACGGCGAUCCAGCAGUGCAACAUCAUGCAGGAGGCCGUGGUGCAGUAUGAACAAUAUGAGCAAGAAAUGCAGCACCUCCAGGAGCUCAUAGAAGGAGCUCACAGGGAAAUUGAGGAUAAGCCUGUGGCCACCAGCAACAUCCAGGAGCUGCAAGCCCAGAUUUCUCGGCAUGAGGAGCUGGCUCAGAAAAUCAAGGGCUACCAGGAGCAGAUCGCCUCUUUGAACUCCAAGUGCAAGAUGCUGACCAUGAAAGCCAAGCACGCCACCAUGCUGCUGACGGUGACCGAGGUGGAGGGGCUGGCGGAGGGGACGGAGGACCUGGACGGGGAGCUCCUCCCCGCGACCUCGGCCCACCCCUCUGUGGUCAUGAUGACUGCAGGUCGCUGUCACACUUUGCUGUCACCUGUCACUGAGGAGUCUGGGGAGGAGGGAACCAACAGUGAGAUUUCCUCUCCACCUGCCUGUCGCUCCCCUUCACCCGUGGCUAAUACAGAUGCUUCUGUUAACCAGGACAUCGCUUAUUACCAAGCCUUGUCUGCUGAGAGGUUGCAGACGGAUGCAGCAAAGAUACCGCCCGGCACGUUGCCAUCCCAGGAGCUGUAUGAGCCAGGACUGGAGCCGUCUGCUACUGCUAAGCUGGAUGAUUUGCAGCGCUCUUGGGAAACCUUAAAGAAUGUAAUCAGCGAAAAGCAGCGCACACUCUAUGAAGCGUUGGAACGCCAGCAGAAGUACCAGGACUCCCUCCAGUCCAUCUCCACGAAGAUGGAGGCCAUCGAGAUGAAACUCAGUGAGAGUCUAGAGCAUGGAAGGAGUCCAGAGAGCCAGAUGGCCGAACAUCAGUCUCUCCCACAGGCCCUGAUGGAUGAGAUUCUCAUGCUGCAGGAAGAGAUCAGCGAGCUCCAGUCGGCCCUGGCGGAGGAGCUGGUGUCCGAGUCCCCGGAGUCCGACCCUGCGGAGCAGCUGGCCUUGCAGUCCACGCUCACCGUCUUAGCAGAGCGCAUGUCCACCAUCAAGAUGAAAGCAUCUGGGAAACGCCAGCUUUUGGAGGAGAAGUUAAAUGAUCAACUGGAGGAACAGAGACAGGAACAGGCCCUUCAGAGGUAUCUCUGUGAAGCCGAGGAGCUGGACCACUGGCUCUUGAGCACGAAGGCCACUCUGGACAUUGCCCUGGGGACACCUGAGGAGCCCAUGGAUAUGGAGGCCCAGCUGGUGGACUGCCAGAACAUGCUGGUGGAAAUAGAGCAGAAGGUGGUGGCCUUAUCAGAGCUCUCAGUGCACAAUGAAAACCUGCUGCUGGAGGGCAAGGCUCACACGAAGGAUGAGGCUGAGCAGCUGGCAGUCAAGCUGAGGACCCUCAAGGGGAACCUCCUGGAGCUGCAGAGAGCGCUGCAUGACAAGCAGCUCAACAUCCAGCAGGGAACAGCACAGGAGAAGGAGGAGAGCGAUGCUGACCUGGCUGCCACUCAGAGCCCUGGGGUUCAGGAAUGGCUGGCUCAAGCCCGUACCGCGUGGACCCACCAGCGACAGAGCAGUCUCCAGCAACAAAAAGAGUUGGAACAGGAAUUAGCAGAGCAGAAGAGCCUCCUCCGGUCAGUAGCCAGUCGUGGAGAAGAAAUCCUAACCCAACACUCAGCUGCAGAAACCUUUGGUGGUGCUGGCGAAAAACCUGAUGUGUUAUCCCAGGAGUUGGGGAUGGAAGGGGAGAAAUCACCUGCUGAAGACCAGAUGAGAAUGAAAUGGGAAAGCCUACAUCAAGAAUUUAGUACCAAGCAGAAACUACUUCAGAAUGUUCUGGAACAGGAACAAGAGCAAGUGCUUUACAGCAGGCCAAAUCGGCUCCUGUCUGGCGUACCACUGUACAAGGGGGACGGGCAGGCCCAAGAUAAAUCCGCGGUGACGUCUUUGCUGGAUGGACUGAACCAGGCCUUCGAGGAGGUUUCAUCCCAGGGCGGGGGGACAAAGAGGCAGAACAUUCACUUGGAACAGAAGUUGUAUGAUGGGGUCUCAGCUACCUCCACUUGGUUGGACGACGUUGAGGAACGUUUAUUUGUUGCCACGGCACUUUUACCGGAAGAGACGGAAACUUGCCUCUUCAACCAAGAGACUCUUGCCAAAGAUAUUAAGGAAAUGUCUGAAGAAAUGGAUAAGAACAAGAUCUUGUUUUCCCAAGCAUUUCCAGAGAACGGCGAUAACCGAGGUGUUAUUGAAGACACUUUGGGUUGUCUUUUGGGCAGGUUAUCUUUGCUAGACUCAGUAGUAAAUCAGCGAUGUCAUCAGAUGAAGGAAAGACUUCAGCAGAUUCUAAAUUUCCAGAAUGAUCUGAAGGUGCUGUUUACAUCACUGGCUGACCACAAAUACAUCAUUCUGCAGAAACUGGCAACUGUGUUGGAACAGCCUGUGGCAGAGCAAAUAGAGGCAAUACAGCAGGCUGAAGAUGGGCUGAAGGAAUUGGAUGCAGGAAUCAUUGAGUUAAAAAGGCGUGCUGACAAGCUGCAGGUGGAGCAGCCUUCCAUGCAAGAACUCUCCAGACUUCAGGACAUGUAUGAUGAGCUGAUGGUGACCAUUGGCUCCCGGCGGAGUGGUCUGAACCAGAAUCUUGCUCUCAAGAGUCAGUAUGAAAGGGCCCUGCAAGAUCUGGCUGACCUGCUGGACACUGGACGAGAGAAGAUGGCCGGAGACCAGAAAAUUAUCGUGUCUUCCAAGGAGGAAAUCCAACAGCUACUUGACAAACAUAAGGAAUACUUUCAGGGUCUGGAAUCUCACAUGAUCUUGACUGAAACACUCUUCAGAAAGAUCAUCAGCUUUGCAGUCCAGCGGGAAACUCAGUUCCACACCGAGCUGAUGGCUCAGGCUGCGGCCGUCCUCAAACGGGCUCACAAGAGGGGCGUGGAGCUGGAGUACAUUCUAGAGACAUGGUCUCAUCUGGAUGAGGACCACCGGGAGCUGAGCAGGCAGCUGGAGGUGGUGGAGGGCAGCAUCCCGAGUGUGGGUUUGGUGGAGGAGAGUGAGGACAGGCUCAUCGACCGGAUAACACUCUACCAGCAUUUGAAAUCCAGCCUUAAUGAAUACCAGCCCAAAUUAUAUCAGGUACUAGAUGAUGGAAAACGACUUCUGAUAUCCAUUAGCUGCUCAGAUCUAGAAAGCCAGCUAAAUCAACUUGGAGAACACUGGUUAAAUGAUACCAACAAAGUGUCUAAGGAACUUCACAGAUUGGAAACAAUAUUGAAACACUGGACCAGAUAUCAGAGUGAAUCUGCAGGUCUGAUCCACUGGUUACAGUCUGCAAAAGACAGACUAGAAUUUUGGACUCAACAAUCUGUGACAGUCCCACAAGAACUGGAAAUGGUCCGUGAUCAUCUGAAUGCUUUUCUGGAGUUUUCCAAAGAAGUUGAUGCCAAAUCUACCCUGAAAUCGUCUGUUCUGAGCACAGGGAAUCAGCUCCUUCGAUUAAAGAAAGUGGACACAGCUGCCCUGCGUUCUGAGCUGUCACAUAUCGAUGGCCAGUGGACUGACCUGCUGACAAAUAUUCCAGCUGUCCAGGAGAAGCUCCACCAGCUCCAAAUGGAUAAACUGCCUUCUCGCCAUGCCAUUUCUGAAGUCAUGGCUUGGAUUUCUCUCAUGGAAAAUGUUAUUCAAAAGGAUGAAGAGAAUAUUAAAAAUUCCAUCGGUUACAAGGCCAUUCAUGAAUACCUUCAGAAAUACAAGGGUUUUAAGAUCGACAUUAACUGUAAACAGCUGACAGUUGAUUUUGUGAACCAGUCUGUGCUACAAAUCAGCAGUCAGGAUGUGGAAAGUAAACGCAGUGAUAAGACUGAUUUUGCUGAGCAGCUUGGAGCAAUGAAUAAAAGUUGGCAAAUCCUGCAGGGUCUAGUAACUGAGAAGAUUCAGCUGUUGGAAGGCUUACUGGAAUCUUGGUCAGAAUAUGAAAAUAAUGUACAGUGUCUGAAAACUUGGUUUGAAACCCAAGAAAAGAGACUAAAACAACAACAUCGAAUUGGCGAUCAGGCUUCAGUUCAGAACGCGAUGAAAGACUGUCAGGACCUGGAAGAUUUGAUUAAAGCAAAAGAAAAAGAAGUAGAGAAAAUUGAGCAGAAUGGACUUGCUUUGAUUCAGAACAAGAAUGAAGAAGUCUCUGGCGUUGUCAUGAGCACGCUGAGGGAGCUCAACCAAACCUGGGCAGACUUAGACCACAUGGUUGAGCAAUUAAAGAUCCUGCUGAAGUCCGUGCUUGACCAGUGGAGCCACCACAAAGCAGCCUUUGAUGAGAUAAACAGCCGCCUCACAGAGGCCAGGUACUCUCUUUCCCGAUUCCGCCUGCUGACCGGCUCUUUAGAAGCUGUGCAAGUUCAGGUAGACAAUCUUCAGAAUCUUCAAGAUGACCUGGAAAAACAGGAAAAGAGCUUACAGAAAUUUGGCUCUAUCACCAACCAGCUAUUAAAAGAGUGUCACCCACCUGUGACAGAAACUCUUACCAAUACGCUCAAAGAAGUCAACCUGAGAUGGAAUAACUUGCUGGAAGAGAUUGCUGAGCAGCUGCACUCCAGCAAGGCCCUACUUCAGCUCUGGCAACGAUACAAGGACUACUCCAAACAGUGUGCUUCCACAGUUCAACAGCAGGAGGGUCGAACCAAUGAGCUCCUGAAGGCAGCCACGGACAAGGACAUCGCUGACGACGAGGUUGCCACAUGGAUUCAAGACUGCAACGACCUCCUCAAAGGACUGGAGACAGUUAAGGAUUCCCUUUUUGUUCUCCAUGAACUGGGAGAGCAACUCAAGCAGCAAGUGGACGCUUCGGCUGCAUCAGCCAUUCAGUCUGAUCAAGUGUCUUUGAGUCAACACUUGGGUGCCCUGGAACAGGCUCUUUGCAAGCAGCAGACGAUGUUACAGGCUGGAGUUCUUGACUAUGAAACCUUUACCAAGAGUUUAGAAGCUUUGGAGGCCUGGAUAGUAGAAGCUGAAGAAAUCCUUCAGGCGCAAGACCCUAGCCACUCAUCUGACCUUUCCACCAUCCAGGAAAGGAUGGAAGAACUUAAGGGACAGAUGUUAAAAUUCAGCAGCAUGGUCCCAGACUUGGAUCGUCUGAAUGAGCUCGGGUAUCGGUUACCCCUGAAUGAUAAAGAAAUCAAAAGGAUGCAGAAUCUGAACCGGCACUGGUCUCUGAUCUCCUCUCAGACUACAGAAAGAUUCAGUAAGUUACAGUCAUUUUUGCUACAACAUCAGACUUUCUUGGAAAAAUGUGAAACAUGGAUGGAAUUCCUGGUUCAAACAGAACAAAAGUUAGCAGUAGAGAUUUCGGGCAAUUAUCAGCAUCUUUUGGAGCAGCAGAGAGCACAUGAGUUGUUUCAAGCAGAGAUGUUCAGUCGUCAGCAGAUUUUGCACUCGAUCAUUAUUGAUGGGCAGCGUCUUCUAGAACAAGGUCAAGUUGAUGACAGGGAUGAAUUCAACCUGAAGCUGACACUUCUCAGUAAUCAGUGGCAGGGGGUGAUCCGCAGGGCCCAGCAGAGGCGGGGCAUCAUCGACAGCCAGAUUCGCCAGUGGCAACGCUAUAGGGAGAUGGCGGAGAAGCUUCGGAAGUGGUUGGUUGAAGUGUCCUAUGUACCCGCGACUGGUCUCGGAAGUGUCCCAAUACCACUGCAACAAGCAAGGACCCUCUUUGAUGACGCGCAGUUCAAAGAAAAGGUGUUACUGCGACAGCAGGGCAGCUACAUCCUCACCGUGGAGGCUGGCAAGCAGCUCCUGCUCUCCGCCGACGGCGGGGCUGAGGCCGCCUUGCAGGCCGAGCUCACGGAAAUGCAGGAGAAGUGGAGAUCAGCCAGUGUGCACCUGGAGGAGCAGAAGAAGAAACUGGCUUUCCUGUUGCAAGACUGGGAAAAAUGCGAGAACGGAAUAGCUGAUUCUCUGGAGAAACUGCGAACUUUCAAGAAGAGGCUUUCCCAGCCCCUACCAGAUCACCACGAAGAGCUCCACGCGGAGCAAAUGCAUUGCAAGGAAUUGGAAACUGCAAUUGGGAGCUGGACAGAUGACCUGGCACAGUUGACACUGUUGAAGGACACCCUCUGUGCCUACAUCAGUGCCGACGAUAUCUCCAUCCUUAAUGAACGCAUGGAGCUUCUGCAGAGGCAGUGGGAAGAACUAUGCCACCAGCUCUCCUUAAGGCGGCAGCAAGUAAGUGAGAGACUGAAUGAAUGGGCCGUCUUCAGCGAGAAGAACAAGGAGCUGUGCGAAUGGCUGACUCAGAUGGAAAGCAAGGUUUCUCAGAAUGGAGACAUUCUUAUUGAAGAAAUGAUAGAGAAGCUCAGAAAGGAUUAUCAGGAGGAAAUUGCUAUUGCCCAAGAGAACAAAAUACAGCUCCAGCAAAUGGGAGAACGCCUCGCGAGAGCCAGCCACGAAAGCAAAGCGUCCGAGAUUGAGUACAAGCUCGGAAAGAUCAACGACCGGUGGCAGCAUCUCCUGGACCUCAUGGCAGCCAGGGUGAAGAAGCUGAAGGAGACUCUGGUGGCCGUACAGCAGCUGGAUAAGAACAUGAGCAGCCUGAGGACGUGGCUGGCCCACAUCGAGUCAGAGCUGGCCAAGCCGAUCGUCUAUGAUUCCUGUGACUCGGAAGAAAUACAGAGAAAGCUUAAUGAGCAACAGGAGCUUCAGAGAGACAUAGAAAAACACAGCACGGGCGUGGCCUCUGUCCUCAACCUGUGUGAGGUUCUGCUGCAUGACUGCGAUGCCUGUGCCACGGACGCCGAGUGUGAUUCCAUCCAGCAGGCUACACGGAACCUGGACCGGCGAUGGAGAAACAUCUGCGCUAUGUCCAUGGAAAGAAGGCUCAAAAUUGAAGAGACGUGGCGAUUGUGGCAGAAGUUUCUGGAUGACUAUUCUCGUUUUGAAGAGUGGCUGAAGAUUUCAGAAAGGACUGCUGCCUUCCCCAGCUCUUCUGGGGUGCUCUAUACAGUUGCCAAGGAAGAACUAAAGAAAUUUGAGGCUUUCCAGCGACAGGUCCACGAGUGCCUGACCCAGCUGGAGCUGAUCAACAAGCAGUACCGCCGGCUGGCCAGGGAGAACCGCACCGACUCCGCCUGCAGCCUGAAGCAGAUGGUUCACGAGGGCAACCAGAGAUGGGACAACCUGCAAAAGCGUGUCACCUCCAUCUUGCGCCGACUCAAGCAUUUCAUUGGCCAGCGUGAGGAGUUUGAGACUGCACGGGACAGCAUUCUGGUGUGGCUGACAGAGAUGGAUUUGCAGCUCACUAACAUUGAGCAUUUUUCCGAGUGUGAUGUUCAAGCUAAAAUAAAGCAGCUCAAGGCCUUCCAGCAGGAAAUUUCACUGAACCACAGUAAGAUUGAGCAGAUCAUCGCCCAAGGAGAACAGCUGAUAGAGAAGAGCGAGCCACUGGACGCCGCGGUCAUCGAGGACGAGCUGGAUGAGCUCCGGCGGUACUGUCAGGAGGUCUUUGGGCGCGUGGAAAGAUACCAUAAGAAGCUGAUUCGCCUGCCUCUCCCAGACGAUGAGCAGGACCUCUCUGACCGGGAGCUGGAGCUGGAUGAGUCUGCUGCUCUCUCAGACCUCCACUGGCGAGACACCUCGGCAGACAGUGUGCUCUCCCCCCAGCCUUCCUCCAACCCCUCCCUCUCACUGGCCCAGCCCCUCCGGAGCGAGCGGUCGGGACGAGACACCCCUGCCAGUGUGGACUCCAUCCCCCUGGAGUGGGACCAUGACUAUGACCUCAGUCGUGACCUCGAGUCUGCCGUGUCCAGAACUUUGCCCUCCGAGGACGAAGAGGGUCAGGAGGAAAAAGAUUUCUACCUCAGGGGAGCUGUUGGCCUAUCAGAUGUAGUGAUUCCCGAAAGUCCUGAGGCGUAUGUAAAACUCACAGAAAGUGCAAUCAGAAAUUCCUCUGGGGAUCCCAGUGCCUUAGAGUCGCAGAUCCGACAGCUGGGCAAAGCCCUGGAUGACAGCCGCUUUCACAUGCAGCCAACAGAGACUAUCAUCCGCAGCAAAACUCCCACAGGACCAGAGCUAGACUCCAGCUACAGAGGCUAUAUGAAACUGCUCGGUGAAUGCAGUGGCAGUAUAGACUCGGUGAAGAGACUAGAACACGAACUGAAGGAGGAGGAGGACCAUUUCCCCGGCUUUGUUAACCUGAACAGCACAGAAACGCAAACAGCCGGUGUGAUUGACCGCUGGGAGCUCAUCCAGGCACAGGCCCUGAGCAAGGAGCUGAGGAUGAAACAGAACCCCCAGAGGCAGCAGCAGUUCGACUCCGACCUGAGCAGCACGCUGGCCUGGCUCCGGGAGACCGAGGACGACCUGGAGCAGCUCCGGCGCCUGCAGCUCAGCACCGAUAUCCAGUCCAUCGCGCUCCAGAUCCAAAAGCUCAAGGAGCUCCAGAAAGCUGUGGACCACCGCAAAGCCAUCAUCCUCUCCAUCAAUCUGUGCAGCUCCGAGUUCACUCAGGCUGGCCAAGAGGAGAGCCAGGAUCUGCAGGAUCGCUUGUCCCAGAUGAAUGGGCGCUGGGACCGCGUGUGCUCCUUGCUGGAGGAGUGGCGGGGCCUUCUCCAGGAUGCACUGAUGCAGUGCCAGGAUUUCCAUGAAAUGAGCCAUGGUUUGCUUCUUAUGCUGGAGAACAUCGACAGAAGGAAAAAUGAAAUUGUCCCCAUUGAUUCUAACCUUGAUGUAGAGAUGCUUCAGGACCAUCACGAACAGCUCACGCAAAUAAGACGUGAGCUGUUAGAUACCCAAUUCAAAGUGGCCUCACUGCAAGACAUGUCUUGCCAACUAUUGGUGAAUGCUGAAGGCACAGACUGUUUAGAAGCCAAAGAAAAAGUCCAUGUGAUUGGAAAUCGGCUCAAACUCCUCUUGAAGGAGGUCAGUCGUCAUAUCAAGGAGCUGGAGAAGUUAUUAGACAUGUCAAGCAGUCAGCAGGAUCUGUCCUCCUGGUCUUCUGCUGAUGAACUGGACACCUCAGGAUCUGUGAGUCCUACAUCGGGAAGAAGUACCCCAAACAGACAGAGAACGCCACGAGGCAAAUGUAGUCUCUCACAGCCUGGACCCUCUGUCAACAGUCCACAUAGCAGGUCCAUAAAAGGUGGCUCCGAUUCCUCCCUUUCUGAGCCCCAGCCAGCUCGGUCCGGCCGAGCCUUCCUGUUCCGGGUCCUCCGGGCGGCUGUCCCACUUCAGCUUCUGCUGCUGCUUCUCGUCGGGCUCGCCUGCCUUGUGCCAGUGUCCGAGGAAGACUACAGCUGUGCCCUCUCCAACAAUUUUGCCCGAUCAUUCCACCCCAUGCUCAGAUACACCAACGGCCCGCCUCCACUCUGAACCAAGCAGGUGCCGUCGGCGGCAGUGCCGGGAGCACAGGGAGGACCUGGCCGAGGGCAGCCCUACAACUAGCAAGAAGAGGACCUGAAUCUUGGCAGAUGCACUCGGGGUGGCAGCUUUAGCUCACCUCCACAUCCCACGUGUGUGCAAAUCGUGGCUUUGGAGGUGGAUGAUAAACAGUGACGAGAGGAGAGCAAAUAGUUGCGGGAAGGUUUGGAAGGGUCUUUCUUUGAACCUGAGCCUCAGCACAGAAGAGAUUAAGGACCUCCAAUGUUCCCUGGAAGCACAGACUCAUUCUGUGCAUCCCCAGGGACUUCAGCAGACCAUCUGGGCAGCUUUCCCACAGUGCUGCUCCAUCCAGUCAAUAAAGGAUGCUACCUGAGUGCCGUGUCGGCCUCGAACAAUCUACCAACCAACCAGUGCUGAUGAGAUUUUAGAACCCUGUAACAUACAUUUUUUAAGAGCUUAUAUGGCAACUUCCUUUCUACCUUGUUUUCCUUUGGGGCAUGAUGUUCUAACCCUUGCUUUAGAAGCACAAGCUGUAAAUCUACAAGGCACUUUUUUUAAGUAUAAAGAAGAACUGGAUGUAAUAAAUAAGAUCAUGGAAGGCUUUAUGUGAAAAAAAAAAGGUGAAUGUUAGAGUAAAAAAAUAUUUAUGUAUGUACAGUUUGCUAAAGCCAAGUUUUGUUUGUAUCGAUUUCUUUGCAUUUAUUAUAGAUAUUAUAAAAUA